AAACGCCCCGUAACGGGCCUCCCUCUCAACGGCUCACUCUUGGCCAGCAGCAGCGCCAAGAUGGCGGCCCCCAAGGACUGACUGGUCACGUGACUUCGAGUUUCCCUAAUUUGAAGCCCGGCGGCCGGUUCCGAGGCAAGGCUCCCUUCUGUCACCCAAUGGGUGUCAGCCCUUCCAAUCUCGCCAGCCAAUCGCCAUUGGAGACUGCAGUGAGGCGACCAAAAGACUGGAGCUUUCCAGUUGCGAAGUCAGGGGCCAAUCACCAAGCGUCCUAUAGUUUGUGAGCCCUCCCGUAGGGACGGGGAGAAGUAGGAAUGUCGUCACUGUGCAGCAGUAUUGUUACCUAAGAACUCGAGAGGAGGUGGGACGUAUGUUGAUUGACAGACAGAUUUCCCCUACCGGGAUUUGAGAAUUUGGCGUGGUGUCCCGCCUUAGAGGCGGGGUCUUAUUUGAUUGCCAAGUCAUACUCCCCAAUGGAGUUAUAGCUCGGCGUGACGGGCACCCUGCUUGACUAAUGAAUCCUCGACGUGGCCGGAGCAGCUCUCCAAUCGCGGAGCGGCGGGCCCCAGUCUGAGCGGCGAUGGCGGCGGCGGCGGCGGCGGCAGCAGCAGCAGGGGCUGCGGGUGGUCGGGGCUCCGGGCCGGGGCGGAGGCGCCAUCUUGUGCCCGGGGCCGGUGGGGAGGCCGGGGAGGGGGCCCCGGGGGGCGCAGGGGACUACGGGAACGGCGUGGAGUCUGAGGAACUGGAGCCUGGGGAGCUGCUGCUGGAGCCCGAGCCGGAGCCCGAGCCCGAAGAGGAGCCGCCCCGGCCCCGCGCCCCCCCGGGAGCUCCUGGCCCUGGGCCUGGCUCCGGAGCCGCCGGUAGCCAAGAAGAGGAGGAAGAGCCGGGGCUAGUAGAGAGUGACCCGGGGGACGGCGCCAUUGAGGACCCGGAGCUGGAAGCGAUCAAAGCUCGAGUCAGGGAGAUGGAGGAAGAAGCUGAGAAGCUAAAGGAGCUGCAGAACGAGGUCGAGAAGCAGAUGAACAUGAGUCCACCUCCGGGCAAUGCUGGCCCAGUGAUCAUGUCUAUUGAAGAGAGAAUGGAGGCCGAUGCCCGUUCCAUCUAUGUUGGCAAUGUGGACUAUGGUGCAACAGCAGAAGAGCUAGAAGCUCAUUUUCAUGGCUGUGGUUCAGUUAACCGUGUCACCAUACUUUGUGACAAAUUUAGUGGCCAUCCCAAAGGUUUUGCUUAUAUAGAGUUCUCAGACAAAGAAUCAGUGAGGACUUCCUUGGCCUUAGAUGAGUCCCUGUUUAGAGGAAGACAAAUCAAGGUGAUCCCGAAACGGACUAAUAGACCAGGCAUCAGCACAACAGACCGAGGUUUCCCACGUGCCCGCUACCGUGCCCGGACCACCAACUACAACAGUUCCCGCUCUCGAUUCUACAGUGGUUUUAACAGCAGGCCCCGAGGUCGUGUCUACAGGGGCCGGGCUAGAGCGACAUCAUGGUAUUCCCCUUACUAAAAAAAGUGUGUAUUAGGAGGAGAGAGAGGAAAAAAAGAGGAAAGAAGGAAAAAAAAAAGAAUUAAAAAAAAAAAAAAAAAAGAAAAACAGAAGAUGACCUUGAUGGAAAAAAAAAAUAUUUUUUAAAAAAAGAUAUACUGUGGAAGGGGGGAGAAUCCUAUAACUAACUGCUGAGGAGGGACCUGUUUUGGGCAGUAGGGGGAGGCCCAGGGGGUGGGGCAGGGGGCUGCUCUUUCACUCUGGGGAUCCACCACGGACACUUCUCAACUGUGCAAGCUGCUGCCUAUGUGUCCCUGCCCUACUUCACCCCUCCGGGGGCUGCUCGAGGGUAGGUGGGCAUGGGUGGUAGGAGGGUUUUUUUUUACCCAGGGCUCUGGAGGACACCAAACUGUUCUGCUUGUUACCUUCCCUCCAUCUUCUCCCUGCCUUUCACAGCCCCUCCUGCCUGCUCCUGUCCUGCCAGGGUUACCACCCACCCCACCCCUCCAGAUUGCCUGGUGAUCUGUUUUGUUUCCUUUUGUGUUUCUUUUUCUGUUUUGAGUGUCUUUCUUUGCAGGUUUCUGUAGCCGGAAGAACUCCGUUCCGCUCCCAGCGGCUCCAGUGUAAAUUCCCCUUCCCCUUGGGGAAAUGCACUACCUUGUUUUGGGUUUUUUUUUUGUGUUUCAGUUUUUUGUUUUGUUGUUUUUGUUUUUUUUCUUUCUUUUUUUGCCUUUUUUUCCCCCUUUUAUUUGGAGGGAAUGGGAGGAAGUGGGAACAGGGAGGUGGGAGGUGGAUUUUGUUUAUUUUUUUAGCUCAUUUCCAGGGGGUGGGAAUUUUUUUUAAAUAUGUGUCACGAAUAAAGUUGUUUUUGAAAAUAAAAAUUGUUCUGGCCUUUUGGGUGUAAA